AUGGCUUUGAGUGAUCCAGUGAAAGCUGAAGCUGCUGCUAUCAUUGGUUCCAAUGAGCCAGUGAACCUGAAGAUGGUGCUGCUGAACCAGCUUUGGCUGAAGCAUGGCCUUGCAUCCCACCAAGUUGUCCCUCCUGGCAAACUCCUGGUGCAUCCAAGUAACCGCGGUGGAGCAAUGCUCAAUGGGCAUGAUGUUUUAGCAAAGGGUGAAAAAUUGAUGAGCCAGGGGUUCAGACAGGAUCUCUUGGAAAGCUCUUCAGUGGCCUUUGGCCUGUCUAGCCAGGUGGCCAAAAGGCAAGAGCAAAUUGAAGCCAACAAGGUGCUGGUGGAGCAAUUUCCUCAGGUUCUGGCACUUGUCCAAGGAGAUGAACUGCACUUGACAGUUGGAGCUUCACACAGCACCAGUUUUUUGAAGGCAAACGCCAUGUGUGGAGUUUCCAAUGAAUCUUUGAAAGGCAUUUUGGAGAAUGGCUGGAAAUGGUUGAACUUGCCUGAAUGCUUGGAAGAAAAUUUCCCCACAAUGCCCUUGCUGUACUCUGCUGCAUUGAACAGCAGCAACAGUGCACAAACUGCCAUGGGUGAGCCUCAAUGCAAAGACUAUUUGGGUGAAAUAGCACAUUUUGCUAAAUUGUACACUGGAGGAGAGCAGAUGCCCUUGGCAACCUUUCUGGUUGCUUUUAGCAAACUAUUUGGAGAAAGCGCUUUGCUGGGUGAAGAGUUCAUGAAGCUGUUGACUCACUAUGACUUCAAGGUCAGUGGCAAUUUAUUGCCAUGCUUCAGAGUGGCUGUGCUUGCUGCUCAGUUGACAUCCAGCAAGAUUGUGGACAAGAUCAGCAAGCUGUUGGUGAAGAGUGAUUUUGAUCGCUUGAAAACCAAAUGCGAAGCUGAGCUCCAAGAUGCAGAGAAAUUGCUAGCGGAAAAGGCCAAACACUUGGAAGAGCUGAAGAGGCUGCAUGUUUUUGGUCGUCUUUGUAUCAGAGUGGUGCUUUUCAUUUGCCAGAAACAAAAAAUGGGCAGGGAGAGCAAGACCUGGAAAUCUUUGGAAGACAUCAGAGACCAAUUCGCUUCUGAAAUGCUUUGCCCUCCUGACAUCUCCAGUCAAGACAGUGGUGAUGCACCAAGUCCUGCUGCAGCAGGAAGCCAGGAAGCUUUCCAAGACUUGUUGCAACCAGAUCCUGUUGCAGUGGCAUUGCUGCAGAACCAACAUCUGGAGAUUGGGAGCAAUUAUCAGGAUCCCAAGGUGGGCAGCACCAUUUAUCAGCUCAUGGAAGUGACCCUUGCUGGAGCUAAGUUUGAACAUGUACCUCUGGUUGGGGCUGCCGAUACCUUGGUGGUGCCUUUGGGAGAUGAAUUGAAAGAUUGGAGAAAAAAGAAAGAAGACUUGCGGAAAAGCAGCUGGUGUACAAGCACCCUGGACCAGGACAAAGACAAGGUCAAAGUCAUGGUGGGAAAAUUUGGAGUGGAUGCCCCCAAGAUGAUCUCUGAAUUUGACAAGGUGGAUGACAAAACUGUACUUGUACCAUUUUGGUAUGUGAAGCCCACCAUGGAUGAGGAGUUGGUCAACAUGCAAUUGGAAAAGGAACAAUGUGGCAGCUUGGAGCUGCCUUGCUAUGUGAAUACCAAAGAUUUGGAGCCAGGAGAUUUGCUGCUGUGUGAGUCAGAGAUGUUGGCCAAGAAAAGAAAAAAGCAGGAAGGAGAGUCAGGUGCCACUGCUGGAUCAGCUGCCAAAAGUACCAGUGCCAAAAAAGUCAUGCUGGACCUUGGGGAUGUUUCACAGUUUCACCAGAAUUGCAAGGACAGAGGAAGAUGA